AUGACGGCUGAAGAUGUCCAGAAGACGGCUGUCGCCGUCCAUGACCCUGACAGCAAGCUUGCACCGACAGUAUCAUCUGCAGAGUCUUCGUCUUCAUCUUCGUCAACGUAUGGUAGUCCACGCGCUAAGCUGACAGACUGUGCUUUUGAUGCUACCGAGGAUCCCCGUUACUACAAGCCUAUUCCUGAAUAUGAGGGUAUCCAUCGCUGGGACCCGGAUUUUGAAUGGACGGAGGCGGAGGAAAAAGCCGUUGUCAGAAAGAUAGAUUGGCGCGUAUGCACAUUUGCUUGCAUGACCUUUUUCGCGCUUCAACUCGACCGCGGGAACAUUGUCCAAGCAACAUCAGACAACAUGCUAGACGAUCUACACAUGACCACCAACGACUACAACACCGGCCAAACAAUCUUCUACCUGGCAUUCCUAUUUGCCGAGCUGCCCUCCCAGCUAAUCUCAAAAUGGAUCGGUCCCGAUCGCUGGAUCCCCGUGCAAAUGAUAAGCUGGAGUCUCAUCGCCGCCUGCCAGGCCUUCCUCAAGACCAAGGGCGGGUUCUUCGCGACCCGCGCUCUCCUCGGCCUCUUUGAGGGCGGCUUCAUCCCAGAUACUAUCCUGUUCCUGUCAUUCUGGUACAAUUCCAAAGAGCUGCCCAUCCGGCUCAGCUUCUUCUGGGUAACGUACCAAUCAACCGCAAUUAUCAGCGCGUUCCUCGCCUUUGGCUUCCUGCACAUCCGUCAAUCCGACGGCACCGGCGGCUGGCGAUACCUAUUUGCCCUGGAGGGUCUGAUCACGGGAUUGAUCGGUAUCGUCGCUGCAUUUUGGAUGCCUCCUUCGCCGACGCAAACUGCCGGCCGGUUCCGUGGGAAGGAGGGCUGGUUCAACGAGCGCGAGGAAAAGAUCAUGGUUAACCGCGUGCUUCGCGAUGAUCCUAGCAAGGGAACUAUGCAUAAUCGCCAGGCCGUGACUCCCAAACUGCUCUGGCAGGCCCUGAAGGACUAUGACAUGUGGAUUAUUUACUUGCUCGGUCUGACAUGGCUGAUUCCCACCACGCCGGCUACGGCGUAUAUCAGCCUAGAGCUGAAGGCGCUGGGGUUCAGUACCUUCAACACUAAUUUGCUCACCAUCCCGGCCUAUGUGCUCUUUAUCCUAAAUCUAUUGCUUUGGACGUGGAUUUCAGAGCGCUUCAAUCAGCGACUGUUGCUUGGCGUCGUUGCUGAGUUUUGGGCUCUCGUCUUGUUGAUUGCGCUGGAGCUUCUGCCUGAUGGGGCAAGCCAGUGGGCUCGCUGGUCAUUGCUUGUUUUGUUGAUUGGUAUGCCUUAUGUGCAUGCCAUUGUCGUUGCCAUUACGUCUCGCAAUGCAGGAUCUGUGAGGACGCGGACAGUCGCAACUGCUAUCUACAAUAUGAUGGUACAGGCGAGUAAUAUCAUCGGCAACAACAUUUAUCGCGAAAACGACAAGCCCUUUUAUCGCACCGGUAACAAAGUUCUAAUUGCAAUGUGUCUGUGGAGCAUGGCGGUGUUCAUCGCCGCGAAGGUGUACUACGUCAAGCGAAAUAGUCAACGAGCCGCAAUCUGGGACAAAAUGACUAGCGAGGAACGAACCCGUUACGUCGCUGAGAACCAGGACCUUGGAAACAAGAGACUCGAUUUCCGAUUCCUGCACUAG